GUCCGAUCGACGGAAAUGGCUGGACUGCUGAAGUGAUCUGUUAUGAUUCCGAUUCAUUGGUAGAAGAAGAAGAAGAAGAAGAAGAAGAAGAAUCCGAUCAAAAUGGAAGAGUAUCCGCAGGAAUUGAGGACGCCGCCGGUGAGCCUGGUGGCGUUGGUGGGGUGUCCCGAGCAACACAUCCUCAUCUCUACUCACCUCAACUCGGAGCAGCCUCCCAUCAACUCCCUGGCCUUGCCGGACUUGUCCAAGAUCUCGCUUCUUCUGCCCGCCAAAACCGUCAAUCAGCAACCCGCCGUUUCUUCUUCUCCAAAUGGAAUAUUGAAGAGGGAUUGGAUGCAAAAGCACCGCACAAAGAUCCCUGCAGUGGUCGCCGCACUCUUCAGUUCUCUCCACGUCGCCGGUGACCCCGCUCAGUGGCUCCAGGUCUGUUCCGAUCUCGACCAUUUGAAAACCCUAAUUCGUCCCAGGAACAUCAAACUUGUUGUUGUUGUUGUUCACUCUUCUUCUCAAGAUGAAAUCAAUGAAGAUCGUCUUCUUGCUUUACGCAAGCGUGCCGAAGUUGAUGCUAAGCAUCUUCUCCUCUUCAACCCCGAUGAUCCUUUUGAGCUCAAACAGUCACUUAGCAGGCUGGGGGCUGCAUUUGCAGAAUUGGCAGCGAUAUAUUAUAGGGAUGAAGCUCGAAGGAUUAGAACUCGAAUUGAAAAGAAGACUUUCAAUUCUGUUGACUUGCACGUUCGCUAUUGUUUCAAAGUUGGUGUAUAUGCAGAGUUUCGAAGGGACUGGGUUGAAGCCUUAAAGUUUUAUGAAGAUGCCUAUCAUGCACUGCGUGAGAUGGUUGCAACAUUGACAAGGUUGCCAGGGAUUCAACGCAUGGUGGAGAUAAAAACUGUUGCCGAACAAUUGCAUUUCAAGAUUUCCACUUUGUUAUUGCUCGGUGGAAAGUUGACUGAAGCAGUUAAAUGGUUCCACCAGCAUUAUGCUUCUUAUAGAAGGUUCGUUGGAUCACCAGAAAAUAUUUUUCUCCACUGGGAAUGGAUGAGCAGACAGUUUUUAGUAUUUGCUGAAUUGCUGGAGACAAGCUCAGCAACCAUUCAAAAUAUUCCCUCUCUAGCAUUGGGCACUGCAGAACAACCUUUAACUGAAUGGGAGUUUCGUCCAGCUUAUUACUAUCAGUCAGCUGCUCGCUAUUUGAAGGAGAAAAGAGGUGCUUUGGAGCUUGCAUUGUCUAUAUUAGAAACUUGGAAUGAGAAUGAUAGUGUUACUGAACCUGCGGUACCUUCAAUAUAUGUGGGUCAGUUUUCUAGGUUACUUGAGCAAGGCGAUGAUCUAGCUAUGCAACCCCUUACUGAUGAAGAGUACACCCAUUAUGCUAUUGCUGAAGGGAAAAGGUUUCAGGAUUCGUUUGAAAUUAUUGCUUUGCUCAAAAAAUCUCAUGAAUCAUAUGGCAAUCUCAAAGUCAGGAGGAUGGCUUCUCUUUGUGCCUCUGAGAUUGCUAGAGAAUACUUUUCUCUUGAAGAUUUCAACAAUGCAAAACAGCUGUUUGAUGGUGUUGGCAACCUAUAUAGACAAGAAGGGUGGGUUUCUGUGUUAUGGGAGGUCUUGGGCUACCUUCGAGAGUGCUCAAGGAAACUUGGUGACGUGAAAGAUUUUGUAGAGUAUUCACUUGAAAUGGCUGCAUUGCCAGUGUCUUCUGGUGUUGACUCCCUGCAUUUUAGAGCUAAAGAACAUGGUCCAGGUGGUCCUGCUAGUCAUUCACAGAGAGAAGCAAUACACAAAGAAGUGUUUGGGCUUGUCAGUGAAGAAGCUAAUCUAGCAUCCAAUAAUGAUCUCAAAGUAACACAAGAAAAUCCACUUCAUCUAGAGAUUGAUCUUGUUAGUCCCCUUAGGUCUGUACUUCUUGCCUCAGUUGCCUUUCAUGAGCAGAUAAUUAAGUCAGGCAUGCCCUCCUUGAUCACUUUGUCACUUCUAUCACAAUUACCCCUCAGCAUAGAGAUUGAUUACUUGGAAAUCCAGUUUAACCAACCUGAGUGUAACUUUUUUAUAAUAAAUGCCCAAAGAUCACCUUCUGAUGAAUUGCUCACUAAGAAGCAAGGGUUCCGUUUAGAGAGUGCUCCUUCUCUAGCACUUCUGACAAACAAGUGGCUACGUUUGACCUAUGACAUAAAAUCUGAGCAAAGUGGAAAGCUUGAAUGUGUAUCUGUCAUUGCAAAACUGGGACCACACUUCACAAUCUGUUGCAGAGCUGAAAGUCCUGCUUCAAUGGAUGAUUUGCCACUUUGGAAGUUUGAAGCUCGUGUGGAGACUUUUCCAACUAAGGAUCCUGCACUGGCAUUCUCUGGUCAGAAGGCUGCUCAAGUUGAAGAACCAGAUCCACAAGUGGAUCUUACCCUUGGUGCUUCAGGCCCUGCAUUAGUUGGGGAGCAUUUCAUGGUGCCAGUUACUGUCACUGCCAGGGGCCAUGCAAUACAUUUUGGCGAAUUGAAGAUCAAUCUGGUGGAUGUAAGAGGAGAUGGCUUGUUUAGUCCCAGGGAAUCUGAACCAUUUUCAUUGGAUAGUCAUAAUGUUGAGCUUCUUGGCAUUACUGGGCCUGAAGGUGAAGAAGAAUCUCAACUUGGUCCUGAUAAAAUUACUAAAAUUCAACAAUCUUUUGGAUUGUAUUCUGUUCCUUCCCUAGAAGUUGGAAAAUCAUGGUACUGCAAGCUAGAAAUCAAGUGGCAUGGACCAAAACCAAUUAUGCUGUACGUAUCAUUGGGCUAUUCCCUAGAUGGCACUGACUUGAAUGCUCCAAGAACAAACAUCCACAAGAGCUCACAAAUUGAAGGAAAGGUUGCUGUCCAAAUCAGCCAUCGCUUCAUGGCACCCUUUCGCAGGGAUGCAUUGCUGCCUUCAAGGAGCAACUUGGUUUCCGAUUCUGAUCAGUUGGAGUCACUACCCCUGAAUGAAACAAGUAUACUUCUUGUUAGUGCCAAGAACUGUUGUGAGGUCCCAUUGCAGCUACUCUCCAUGUCUAUUGAAGUUGAUGAUGAUAAAAUUGAGAAGUCAUGUUCUGAGCAGCUUGGAGGUGGAGAUCUUCUGGGCUCUGCAAUUGUUGUGCCAGGUGAAGAGUUUAAGAAGGUUUUCACCAUCAUUCCCAAGGUGGACUCUUCAAAACUACAGUUGGGAUCAGUGCAUCUAAAAUGGAGGCGGCUUUCGGAGGUCGAAAGUCAGUCUGGGUCAACUAGCGUGGCUUCUUGGGUUUCAACUAAACAUAAACUUCCUGAUGUAAAUGUAGAGUUGUCACCACUAAUUGUGAGUUUAGAGUGUCCUCCUUAUGCUGUUCUUGGAGAGCCCUUCACAUACUCUGUUAAAGUUCGGAACCAAACAGAGCUGCUUCAAGAGGUCAAGUUCUCAUCGGUAGAUGCACAAAGUUUCGUGCUAUCUGGGUCUCAUAAUGACACUGCUUUUGUUCUUCCAAAAUCCGAGCACAUUCUUCAUUAUAAGGUUGUGGCACUUGCCUCGGGUUUGCAGCACUUGCCCAGAGUUUCUCUAACCGCUGUGAGAUAUUCAGCUGUAUUCCAGCCCUCUACUGCUGCAUCUACCGUGUUUGUCUUCCCCUCAGAGCCGCAUUUCAAGAUAGCUGAUGCAGAAGAGAAAAAGAUGGAGCCUGUUGCCGCAGAUUGAGUUUUCUUUGGCCAUUCAUUGCACCCUUUUCAGAAACCAGGUGCAUCCAUUUCGCUUCUUUUCCAGAUAUAAAUGCCUUUCUAAAUAAUUAACUGAUGAGUGAAUUUAGGAACUUGAAUCACUGAAUCUUAUCGCAGCACAGCACGUUUCCGGAGUCAACUGUUUCAGAAAUCUGAGUAUGGCCUAUACCUUUUGAACAAAAUAUACAAUACCACAUCUGAGUCCCCAUCUUUUUCAUUGUUAUUUAUCUGAUGAAACACGUUGCUUUUAAAUCGAGUUAAUUCUUUUUUUCGUAAUUGUAUUCAAUCAUUUAUCUUCUCAAUUCGUUUCUUAUUAGAUCUAUCAAAUAAAUCUAAUUCUUAUUG